AUGUCCUUCGUUUCGCGAAGUCCAAAGACGUGGCCAUACGCGCAGAGUUCGGCACAGGACUCCGUCGGAAAGUUAUUAGGGACACUACAUCCAGGGCUGCUCGGCGACAUCCUCUGUUGGGAGGCCAAGGGGGAGGCCCGGAGGUUAUUCGAGAGCAGCCUCAAAAAGUCCAUCCUCGACUACUUGCUCGAGCACAGCGACAAGGCGCAAGAGUCUGGCAGCUACCUUUCCAUCCCCCUGUUUAUGGUUGGGAAGCGGGCAAAGCGAGCGAAGCCUGUUGUUAUGCUCGUGUCGGAUGAUAAAGUCGCCCGCAAGGAAGCAUAUGAUUUGAUUCUUCAUAGCGACAUCAUGGCCAAAUACCCGGGCUUCGAACUUGGGCACUCAGACUUUGAAAAGCUCAUGGCCUGGGCCGGCGACUCUGUCUCCGUUUUCUCGUUACAGCAAGAAGGCACUCCAGAUUGUUAUCGAUUAAUCUCAGGCCAAGAGGUCUCAGACAAAGAGGCCUCAGACAGACAGGUCUCAGGCAGGAAGAUUCUUGCCAGCGCCAGCUUAGGAGCUCUUGGGACCGAGUCCAUCGCAAGAGCCCGCAACGUAUAUGGAGAUCGCUCUAGAGGCGAUGACACAUCCCCUGAUCGUAAUUCCGUGCCCAAACAAGGUCUGGGCCCCGCCGCAGCCGCUCUCGCCAUAGCCGGUGCCGCAAAGUAUCUCCAGGCUGGCAAAGUCGAAAAGGAAGAGAGACGUCGAGGCCGCAGCCGAAGCCGAAGCUUUACUUCCUCUGACGAUGAUCACUCACCUCCUCGUUCUCGCUCACGCUCACGUCGCCGCCAGCGUAGCACUUCUACCUCCGCCAAGGCCGCAGUCGGGACUGCCGCCGUCGCUGGCCUUGUCCAGCAUUUCCGCAACAAGUCAAGGACGCGGUCAAAGUCACGAUCCAGGUCACGACUUAGAAGCGGAUCCCGCAGCAAAUCGACGCUUAAGCGCAGCAUUUCUACGUCAGCCAGACUAGGUUUGUUUCGAACGGCCACUGCGGGCGGUGUUGUAAGCUAUAUGGGCAAACACAUGUUGCUUAGCAUCAGCCAUUUCUUGAGAGAUUCACCAUCGAUCGAGUUGCCGGCGCAUAAGUUCGAAGCAAGCCAGAUCAGCGACUGCGAAAUAACGGGCCUGGGCGAUUUCGACGAUGACGACGACGAUGAGACAGACACGGAUUUUGUUGAAACUGUAAGGCAGGGCAGCGUUUCAGAUGUGGACGAGAGUAAAGACUCCGAGAUGGACGACUCGUAUACCCCUACAUCAGCCUCAGAAAGCGAUAGAAAUUCUCAGAGGCGACUCUCUAUCUCCCUGCAAGAGCCCAGCUCCCCGGAAGGGCGGUUAAUCGGCAAAGGCAAACCUGUUGUCUGCAGUGAAGAGCUCGACUAUGCCUUCUUCGAAGUGGACAUGAGCUCUCCUUCAGAGUCCCCGCUCAACAACGCAAUUUCACUUACUGAUCUCGACAAAAUCGAGUCUGGUCCCCGCAACACGGCUGUGAAGACUGUGGCCUCAAACGGUAGAGUCGUCCAUGGACUCAUGUCGGAGGAUACACUUCCCGUACGGCUUCCUCACUCUAAAGGGUUCACCGAGGUAUAUACUGCGAGGUUCUUUGGGUCGCUUGGCCCUGGAGACUGUGGAGGCUGGGUCAGAGACAAGGUGACUGGUCGCCUCUUUGGACACGUCUUUGCAGGCAAUCUAUCCAACGGCUUGACUGCCAUUAUGCCCGCCAAACUUGUUUUCGAACAUGCUCGAGCUCAGUUAGAUCAACGAUUUGCAUUGACAGCGCACCAGAAUCAAAAUGCCGCAUUCAGCUUCUCCGCACUUAAAGAAAAAGUUGAAUAUUACUUUUCGAUUGAAAACUUGGCUGGGGAUCUAUAUCUUCGCGCGCGAAUGGACUCGCAAGGCUUUGUGCCUUUACACCUUAUUACGUCUUUCAAGGGUAUGCGACAGCUCACAGACGAUAUCGACAUCGUUCGUGCGGUUUGUGAGUUCUCUGUUGAACUCGAUUUCGCCGUUGGCGAUGAUGGCAUCGAACGCGUACGACGAAGCCAGGGGUGGGAAAGCUUCGUGUUGCCUCUUGACGAACGGGAUGAGUCUGCUCGAAACUCUGGACCAGCCUAUCUUUCCUUCAAGAAUCGAGAACUGAAGCCCCAUCAUAAGCUACAAGAACUCAAGCAGUCGACAUUGCAGAGCAUAGAUGAUAAUGAUGAUGACAGCACAUAUGGCUCUGCGGCAAAAAGGCCGCUGUCACUUCCUAAGGGCAUCACCAAUAUGUUUAGAUCAAGGGUCAAGCAAGCUAAACUCGUCAAGAAAUAUGUCUGCCGAGAUCCAACCGCCGCAGGUCUUUAUUCCGACGUAAAGCCUGAUUUUCCGCUCUCCCAGUGCCCAGAGUGUUCGUCUGGGAAGACGUAUAAUGCAUAUUACAUGGCAGCAGACCAUCUUCGGCGGAGGCAUUUCCAACGGCAUUAUCAAGAGACACUUGUCAACAGCAACAGCAGGGUCGUUCGUUUAUCGUCAGCUGUGUCGGAUCUCCGGUUGUGGACUGAAGAGGUUCUUGCGAAGGCGGAUGAGCCUCUUGGCUCAUCCAUUGCAGAGGUUACUGAAGAUGAAGCUUCGCAUUCAACCGAGAAAGUUUCCCCUUCUCAAGACGUCACUAAGAAUGUUUCCCCUUCUUAUGAUGCGAAUGAGAAUGCUUCCCCUUCUCACGACGUCAACGAGAAUGUUUCCCCUUCUCACGAUGUCAAUUCAUCUGGGCCAUCGUUUCAGCCUCUGACAGAUGCGCCCUUCCCUUAUCCCAGUUUUGAUCGCGUUGAGCCCUAUGCACCACUAUACCCAUCCUGGAAUACACCGUUACCUGGGCUCAGCUUCUCACCACAUUCAGUGUCGACGGCGACUCCCAGCUCAAUUGCCAAUUCUCCUUACCAGUUGUACAAUGUCAAUUCUUAUGGGUCACGAUCACAAUUUCAGGUGAUUGAAGAAGAGUUGAAUGAAGUCCCUGGUCUAACUUCCGGUUCUCUUCAAGGGUAUGAGUUAUAUCAGCCGUCCUACAAUUUUGAUCCCCUUGCACCAGCAUAUCAACCACUUGAGGGACCACCGUCAGCCGCGUACGCGCCAAAGAUAUCAGCUGAUGAUGAUUUCCGACUUUACGGCACAAAUUUCUCCCCGUUAACGUCCCCAGUUCUCACUUCGUCCGAUUUCUCCUUAUUCCCAGCCGCAACGACGAAGAUGGAUGAAAGUAGCUCAUCAGCAGCUCCUAUCGUGACAUCGCGUCAAGCCAUCGCUAGCCGUUCAAGCGGACGCUUAAGCUCGGAUCAGAGGCGCAAAUCAUCCAAGUUCUUAUGCACCAUCUGUAACGACCAUCCAGGUGGCUUCCGAGGGCCUCAUGAGCUCGAUCGUCAUAUGCGUCGACAUGACAGCAACAAAAUGACAAGGAAGUUUAUAUGCCGCGACCCGACCUCCGUUGGCAUCAAGCCCGAUAUCCAAGCCAUCAAUCCGCUAUCGAAGUGCAAAUCUUGCUUGACACAGGAGCAGUACGAUACUGUAGCCGGAGCAAUAUCUCACUUAUACAUUGAGCAUAUGAUAGAUCCAUCCACUAGGAAGUCACACGCCGAUCAAAGCAAAAGAUCGCUGAUAGAGCAACUUAAGGUUUGGUGUUGUGAAGUACAGGUUGAUGGAAACGGGCGAAUACUGGCACAAGCUGGUGACGCAAGUGCAGCGCUGCAGGCCGAGGGAGAUGAUAUUCCUGGUUUCCUAAAGGCUCUAGACAGUCACAAGACUUUGAAGUCAUUCGAGCCAGGCAAGAAAGGAGAAUCAGCGACGAGCAGAACGGUCGCCCAGUUGUCCAAGUUCCAGCAGAUGAGAGAGUCUAACAACGCCUUGACCGAGUCGAUGACUUCAUCAAUGCAGCUUGAUCAUUCCUCAAUUGUUUCAAGCAGACAGCUCGAUGGAAUGAUUUACACCGAGGGUGAGCCUUCGGCGAUGGACUGCGACGACGACAACGAAGAUACAGAAAUGACCUCUGAUAUACCAGAGCCCUCCGGUUCACCGCCAGCGGGUGCUGGAGGUCCUGAUGUUCAGGAGAUCGUUUGCUCCAAUUGCUUUACCCAAGAUAGUCUGGUUUGGCCAACAAGCCCGGAAGAAAAACCUCUUUGCGUGGAUUGCAGCAGAAAUCUGCCCACCUCUCAAGAUUCUGCACGGCCAUCGUACAACGGCUCUUUCUCUCCCACUGCCAUCGCAGUUCGGCGAGAACGACAAGCUCAGCGUGAGCGAAAAGCUCAGGAACAGCGCGACCACGCCCUGAUUGGAGACCGAAGAGGUUCAAUGACCAAUUUUCUCUCUUCCACUGCCGCCACAACUCGACAGCAGCAAUAUCUUGAACAACUGCAGCAACCACCUCGCAGCAGCAAGCGGCCACGGCCCGUGGUAGCGUGUAUCGAGUGUCGGAAGCGCAAGACGCGAUGUGAUGGCCAAUAUCCUUGCUUGGCGUGCCAUAGGUCGAACCGUUCCUGCAAAAGAGCCGACCCGGGCUCGUUUAACCCCUCUGUGGGCUCAGACGCAGAAGUAUCUGAGCCUCACAUGGCACCCUGGGUUCAGGAUAACAUCAGCAAGCCAUUCGCAAGCGUGGCCAAUGCCUUUAAGAAUUCUCUCCUAUCUCGGCAGCCUGAGCGUGAACUCACGCGGAAUCGAAGUAGGUCGAUCACUAAGCCAGACAAAAGCCAGACUGCAAACACCACCGAUACCUCUCCUGUCAUUGGUACCGGAGGCGUCAUCAAUAAUGCCAACGUUGGUGCUCAUAAGGACCUCUCGAGGCUCCAUGCUGGCUUAGCAUCUCCCAACGACGUCGAUUCAGAUGACGUGCGUCACACCGAAGCGGAUAGAUGGCUUAUGAAAUGA